AUGGAUUCAGUGAGAGGAACUGCAGUGGAGUUCCUGGGAGAUGGGACAGAGGGGCCCAGUGUCUCACAGGCCUGGGGGUGCCUGCUGCAGGCUGUGUGGAGGGGUGACGUGGGCCUGGCCACGCAGCUGCUGCAGCAAGGGGCCAGUGUGGAGGAGAGGGACCGCGCCGGCAGGACCCCGCUCCACCUGGCCGUGCUGCGCGGCCACGUGCCUCUGGUGAGUCUCCUGCUGCAGCGCGGGGCGCCGGUGGGAGCCGCCGACCGGGCGGGGCGCACACCGCUGCACGAGGCCGCCUGGCACGGGCACUCGCGGGUGGCUGAGCUGAUCGUGGCGGCCGCAGCUGGGCGCACGGCGGCGCUGCGCCUCCUCCUGGCUCGUUGGGCGCGGGUGGACGCCCGGGACGGCGCAGGGGCCACAGCACUCAGCGUUGCGGCCGGCCUGGGCCACCGGCAGGACAUGGAGGUGCUGCUUGACCACGGGGCAGACCCAAGCCUCCAGGACAGGCACAGCCGCUCUGCACUGCACAGGGCUGCUGCCCGUGGACACCUGCCUGCCGUCCAGCUGCUGGCAGCCUGGGGAGCUGAGGUGGAUGCUCGGGACUCCUUGGGCCUCACGCCCCUGCACCACGCUGCUCGGGGAGGCCACGUGGAGGUUGCCGGCCACCUCCUGGACAGGGGCACACAGCUCAACUCUGCUGGUUGGCUCCACAAGACCCCUUUGCACCUUGCUGUGGAGUGUGGCCACGGCCCCACCACAGAGCUUUUGCUGAGCCGAGGGGCCAGCCCCACCCUGGGGACGCAGUGGGGUGAGGUGGCCCAGGACCUGGUGUCCGAGGGGGCCUGUCCCAGGCGCUGCCUGCCCUUUGUGGAGAACAGGAGUGUUGGGGGCACAGAGGGGCCCCAGGGGCCCUGAGCUUCUCGCCUCAGGGUUGAGCCCACGUGGCCAGAGCAGGACAGAUAGCUCCUGGCUCCCACAGCCUUCGGAGUGUGCCGGGCUCCUGCCUUCUGAGCUGAGGCCACCUGCCUGGGCAGAGGGGAGAACAGCC